UAACGAUCCAGUGGCCGCCAGUGCGUGACCGAAAGUGAACCGUGGUGGACGCACGAUCGUGCCAUUCGCGAGCCGACCCCCGAGCAGCGGCGCAAGCAGUAAUGACCACCGCCGACCGCAUCGUUAUGGGAUGUUCAUCGUCCAUCGUACUGGAAGAACCAACCCCACCCGCUGUGACGCCGGCGACCGCUUUCGUGUCGUCGAUUGGCCCACGGAGACCCGAAACCGUAGCCACGGUGUACCGCCGGCUGGACGAAGAGAUUUGUGCCCUCGAAAGCACCACACCCGGAGCGCGGCUCGUGACGGCCAAAGGGUGGGUUGAGCUGCUGAAAAGUUCCUCCGGCACACGGCGGGUGGUUCCCGCGUUGGAGGCUUCUCCCGAACUACCGAAUGGGCUGGAAGAAUCUCUGCGUCGAGCGUCACCGGCACCGGAUUUGAUCGACGGUGCUCGGAAAGAAAUGGUUCAGGUCGUGCUGCGGUUGGACAUCGUACGCAACCCGAUCCGGGCGACGCAGCAGGAAGAGUUUAUCGCUCGCCUUUCGCGGACCGCCAUGGAGCAGGAAGCGGACCACUUUCGGGACGAGAUGGUAGCACACGCACUCCGGCGAACCCUCGCGUUGCACAGCGCAUUCGAGCGGCUGAAACGGUUGUACCACGAGCAGGACGCCCUGCUUUCGCCACUCUACAAUGGGCCCGGGAUGCCGGGAAUGUCGCUCGACGAACAGCGGAUAGACAGUGAACUGGAGGCUGCUCGGGAUGUGCGUGACCGAUUGGGCGGUGCGGUCGAGCAGUGGCGGACUGCCGGGGCGCUACUACGUGCUGCGGCCAAGGCACUCCACCAAACCGUCAACUACUGGGAACUGUUGGGAGUGAGUGUGGUUAAGGAAGAGGCUUCACAAACGAUCAGCCUGGCGCUGGACACACGGUACACCUGUCACGGAGCUCUGAUCGCCCUGGAGGCGGCCCAAGCUGCAUUGCCGGAGGUUGAGGUACCGCACGUCACCAUCCGGCAGCAGUCCGCCGUGCGACACGCGUUAAUCUAUCUCCUCACCGACAUGGUCCAACCGGCCCGGUACCAGCACACGCGCGAUGUUUUCACGGUGUUUAGUGCGAACGUAUCGAAGGCCGUCCACUGGGUGCAUGAUUGUUACAGCACCACGCUGCGGCAGGACUACGAUAGUGCCGAUCAGGCGGCCACACUGUUGGCGAAGGCGUUACGCGAAGAACGGUUGCGCUACCUUCGGCGCCGGUUUCCCAAUAAAACCUACACCCGGCCACCGGCAGCGGUCGGGUAG